AUGGCGGCCGAACUGAACAACACCAACACCGAUGGUCCCUCCGGCACCGCCGCCGCCGCUAAGGCACCGACCGUCGGCUCAAACGACUCAAUGUCCGGCGGGCCGCAAUAUUUGCCAGGGGUAAUGAGUACUACACUCCGACCAACGUCACCAUCCAAUGGAUCCUCGUCGUCGUCGUUCCUCGGAACGUCGCCAACGAGCACCUCGCAAGUAGUACCAACAUCUGGAGCAUCAACGCAGCCGCUUAACCCGUCGGCAGCGGCUGCGUCAUCCGCGCUCCAGAACGAUUUAGAGGAAAUAUUCAACUCUCCUCCUACUGCGCAAACUGCGUCAACAUUUGGAGGCGACAGUCCUCCUCAACGUCAAGCCGGAAGCUUGGCUCCUGGACCACCUCUCGGCUCAUCCGGAGUCUCCAUCGGAGAACCAUCAAGCACGAUUGCCGGAGCCAUGCAAGCUGGAGGAGCUGGUGCUGUUGGCGGAAACCAAAGUGGAGUUCAAUUCCAAUGUCCACGGAGACCAAACCAUGGAAUCGAAGGAAGAUCCAUUCUUCUUCGGGCCAAUCACUUUGCUGUGAGAAUCCCAGGAGGAACCAUCCAACACUACCAAGUUGAUGUCUCUCCGGAUAAGUGUCCAAGAAGAGUGAACCGUGAGAUUAUCAGCUGCUUGAUCAGCUCGUUCUCCAAGUAUUUCACCAAUAUCCGUCCUGUCUACGAUGGAAAACGGAACAUGUACACCCGAGAGCCACUUCCAAUUGGAAGAGAGCGAAUGGACUUUGAUGUCACUCUUCCAGGAGAUUCUGCUGUCGAACGUCAAUUCUCUGUUUCUUUGAAAUGGGUUGGUCAGGUUUCCCUGUCAACUUUGGAAGAUGCUAUGGAAGGACGAGUUCGUCAAGUUCCAUUCGAGGCUGUUCAAGCUAUGGAUGUGAUCCUUCGUCACUUGCCAAGCUUGAAGUACACCCCAGUUGGCCGCUCCUUCUUUUCUCCCCCAGUCAUCAGUGCUUCCGGAGUUCCAGGAACUGCUCCACCACCACAAGCAGCCCCAUCCAUCUCAUCCGGAUCCCAUUCCGCUGGACAAUAUCAUGCUGAGAGCAAACUAGGAGGAGGUCGCGAAGUCUGGUUCGGAUUCCAUCAAUCUGUCCGUCCAUCUCAAUGGAAGAUGAUGCUCAACAUCGAUGUGUCUGCAACUGCCUUCUACCGCUCUAUGCCAGUCAUCGAGUUCAUCGCUGAAGUUUUAGAGCUUCCAGUCCAAGCUCUUGCUGAGAGACGUGCUCUUUCUGAUGCUCAACGUGUCAAGUUCACCAAGGAGAUUCGUGGUCUGAAGAUCGAGAUCACUCACUGUGGACAAAUGCGCAGAAAGUACCGUGUCUGCAAUGUGACUCGACGUCCAGCUCAGACUCAAACCUUCCCGCUUCAACUCGAAACCGGACAAACCAUCGAGUGCACUGUGGCCAAGUAUUUCUACGACAAAUACCGUCUUCAAUUGAAAUACCCUCACUUGCCAUGUCUUCAAGUCGGACAGGAGCAAAAACACACCUACUUGCCACCAGAGGUCUGCAACAUUGUUCCAGGACAACGUUGCAUCAAGAAGCUCACCGAUGUGCAGACUUCCACCAUGAUCAAGGCUACAGCAAGAUCUGCCCCAGAGCGUGAGCGUGAGAUUUCCAACUUGGUCCGCAAGGCCGAGUUCUCCGCCGAUCCAUUUGCUCAUGAGUUUGGAAUCACCAUCAAUCCAGCCAUGACUGAAGUCAAGGGACGUGUUCUCUCGGCACCAAAGCUUUUGUACGGAGGACGCACUCGUGCGACCGCUCUUCCUAACCAAGGAGUCUGGGACAUGCGUGGAAAACAAUUCCACACUGGAAUCGACGUUCGUGUCUGGGCAAUCGCCUGCUUCGCUCAACAACAACAUGUCAAGGAGAAUGACUUGCGCAUGUUCACCAACCAACUUCAACGCAUCUCUAACGAUGCUGGUAUGCCAAUCAUCGGCAAUCCAUGCUUCUGCAAGUAUGCCGUCGGAGUUGAGCAGGUCGAGCCAAUGUUCAAGUACUUGAAGCAGAACUACUCUGGAAUCCAAUUGGUUGUUGUUGUCCUCCCAGGAAAGACUCCAGUUUAUGCUGAGGUUAAACGUGUUGGAGAUACCGUAUUGGGAAUUGCAACCCAGUGCGUGCAAGCCAAGAACGCCAUCCGUACCACACCACAGACCUUGUCCAACUUGUGCUUGAAGAUGAACGUCAAGCUUGGUGGAGUUAACAGCAUUCUCCUUCCAAACGUGCGUCCACGUAUCUUCAACGAACCGGUUAUCUUCUUCGGUUGCGACAUCACUCAUCCACCAGCUGGAGACUCUAGAAAACCAUCUAUCGCCGCUGUCGUAGGAUCCAUGGAUGCCCAUCCAAGUAGAUACGCAGCAACUGUUCGUGUCCAACAACAUCGCCAGGAGAUCAUUUCGGAUUUGACCUACAUGGUCCGCGAACUUCUCGUCCAAUUCUACCGCAACACUCGCUUCAAGCCAGCUCGUAUCGUUGUCUACCGUGAUGGAGUUUCGGAAGGACAGUUCUUCAACGUUCUCCAAUACGAACUUCGUGCCAUCCGCGAGGCUUGCAUGAUGCUCGAGAGAGGAUACCAACCAGGAAUCACCUUCAUCGCUGUCCAAAAGAGACAUCACACUCGUCUCUUCGCCGUUGAGAAGAAGGAUCAGGUCGGAAAAGCCUACAACAUCCCGCCAGGAACCACCGUCGAUGUUGGUAUCACUCACCCAACCGAGUUUGAUUUCUACCUCUGCUCUCAUGCUGGUAUCCAAGGAACUUCCCGCCCAUCUCACUACCAUGUUCUCUGGGAUGACAAUAACCUGACUGCCGACGAACUUCAACAACUGACCUACCAAAUGUGCCACACCUAUGUCAGAUGCACCAGAUCUGUGUCAAUCCCGGCGCCAGCCUACUACGCUCAUUUGGUCGCUUUCCGUGCCCGUUACCAUCUUGUCGACCGUGAGCAUGACUCUGGGGAGGGAUCCCAACCAUCUGGAACCUCAGAAGAUACGACCUUAUCCAACAUGGCCCGUGCUGUUCAAGUAAGAUUAUUAGUACAUCCGGACGCCAACAAUGUCAUGUAUUUCGCUUAA